AUGAGUAACACCACGGUGCCCAGCGCCCCCCAGGCCAGCAGCGACUCUAUGGUGGGCUAUGUGCUGGGGCCUUUCUUCCUCAUCACCCUGGUCGGGGUGGUGGUGGCUGUGGUAAUGUAUGUCCAGAAGAAAAAGCGGGUGGACAGGCUUCGCCAUCACCUGCUCCCCAUGUACAGCUACGACCCGGCCGAGGAGCUGCACGAGGCUGAACAGGAGCUACUCUCAGACACGGGAGACAUGAAGGUGGUGCACGGCUGGCAGAGUGGCUACCAGCACAAGCGGAUGCCCCUGCUGGAUGUCAAGACCUGA